GACACUUCCUUGCUGCUGUCACACAAGCGACUGGAAAAUUUACGCUUGGACACGUAUGUUUUUUAAUUCCUUCUCCGAGUCAGUCAGCGAGGGUCGUCCAAAGUUAAUGAAAAGAUCCCUACGAGUCUUAAGCGGUCAUACGCUUCAAUGAGGGUUACAUUUCCGACCGGUUAAUAUAUUUAUUUACUUAUCUUUUGGGGAUUUUAAUUUCAACUAGAUGACUGUGGAACAAAAGGGAUUGUUCAAAUGGUGGUGUUAAAAAAGGGGGAUCACUACUGGAUGGACUCCAGUAUUGGGGUCCCUAUUGGAGGGUAUGUGAAGGUCUCAGCCGGUGGAAAUUGCUGCCUGAUUGAUGAUGAAGGGAAGGAGCACAAUAUCCCGGAGGGGGAGAAGGCCGGUCUGAAGCCUAUGCACCCCACCUCAGUGGAGGGUGUGGACGACAUGAUCCGACUCGGGGACCUCAGCGAAGCCGGUUUACUCAGGAACCUGCUGGUGCGCCACAAACAGAGCAGUAUAUAUACCUAUAUUGGCUCUGUCCUGGUGGCCAUGAAUCCCUAUCAGAUGCUGCCCAUCUACACGGCGGAGCAGGUUGACCUGUAUCACGGGCGUAAGCUGGGAGAGCUCCCACCGCACAUCUUUGCUAUCGCUGAUAAUUGUUACUACAACAUGCGCCGCAACAAUCACAACCAGUGCUGCAUUAUCAGUGGAGAAUCUGGUGCAGGAAAGACAGAAAGCACUAAACUGAUUCUUCAGUUCCUGGCUGCUGUGAGUGGGCAGCACUCCUGGAUAGAGCAGCAGAUCAUCCAGGCCAACCCUGUGCUGGAGGCCUUUGGGAACGCCAAAACCAUUCGGAAUGAUAACUCAAGCCGCUUUGGGAAAUACGUGGAGGUCUUCUUUAAUAAAGAGGGUGUUAUAGAAGGAGCUCACAUGGAGCAGUACCUGCUGGAGAAGUCUCGUGUCUGUCAUCAGGCGCCCCAGGAAAGGAACUACCACAUUUUUUAUUGUAUGUUAUCUGGGAUGCAAAGUGAUCAUAAGAAGACUCUUUCUCUUGGUGAUGCUUCACAGUUCAAAUACCUGACAGAGGGUGAUUGUUUGACAUGUGACGGUCGGGACGAUACUGAUGAGUUCGGACGGAUCCGUUCUGCUCUAAAGAUCCUCACUUUCUCAGACCGGGACUGCUGGGAAAUCUUCAAAUUACUUGCAGUCAUUCUGCACAUGGGAAAUAUUGACUUUCAGAGCACUAUAAUGAAUAACAUGGACAGCUGUGACGUCGUGUCAUCCAGUCAUUUCUCUGUCACUGCUAAGUUGCUAGAGGUCGAUGAUGCUGUUCUUGAUAAGAGUCUUACAUAUCGUUCCUUCAUGACAAACCGAGAAAUAGUCACGAAACCCCUCAGUUCAGAGCAGGCCACCGACACCAGAGAUGCUUUUGCCAAGGCCAUGUACGGAAGGCUGUUUGUUUGGUUGUUCAAAAAAAUAAACAGCGCCAUUGACAAACCCCAGACUGAUGAUCCAACUUACACACGCAAGUCCAUUGGUCUGCUUGACAUUUUUGGCUUUGAGAAUUUCCCCCAGAACAGUUUUGAGCAGCUGUGCAUUAAUUAUGCCAAUGAGAACCUGCAGCAGUUCUUUGUGAGACACAUCUUUAAGCUGGAGCAGGAUGAGUACAGUAAAGAAGGAAUCUUAUGGAAGCACAUUGCUUUUAAUGACAACCAGAAAACCCUGGACCUGCUGGCCAUUAAACCUCUCAACAUACUGGCUCUGAUUGAUGAAGAGAGCUCCUUUCCUAAGGGAACAGAUGAAACAAUGCUGAACAAAAUAAGCAAAGAACAUAAUGGAAACAAACUGUACAUGUCAUCCAAGAGCAACCAUGGCAUACAGUUUGGGAUUAAGCACUUUGCUGGGACGGUUUAUUAUGACUGUGAAGGAUUUUUGGAGAAGAACAGAGACUCCCUGAGCAUGGACAUAAUGGAGCUGGUUCAGAAAUCAUCCAACAAGUUGCUCAAACAGAUCUUUGAAAAAGAGACGAAUAUAAACUCAGUCAAGAACAAAAAUAAAAUCAACGAAAUCCUCACGACGCCAAGAAACUCAAUACGACAAGUAAAUGAAUCGAGGCGACAGAUAUCCACUCUGAGUGGCCAGUUCCGUCAGUCCCUGGACUCUCUGAUGAAGGCCCUGUCUCUCUGUCAGCCCUUCUUCAUACGUUGCUUCAAACCAAAUGACAAAAAGAUGCCCAUGGUUUUUAAUAGAGAGCUCUGCAUGCAGCAGCUUCGCUACUCUGGAAUGCUGGAGACCAUUAAAAUACGCAAGUUGGGAUAUCCCAUCCGGCACACCUUCAAAGACUUCCUGCAGCGCUACCGCGUGCUCCUGAAGACCGUGCACUGUGACCCCAACACUGAGCCUGCUGCAAACUGCUGUGCAGCUAUCUGCAGGGCUAUGAUCAAAGACGAAGAGGACUGGAAGAUUGGAAAAACCAAAGUCUUUCUCAGGGAUCAUCAUGACGCCUUCCUUGAACUGGAGAGAGAGCAAGAGCUUUACAGGAAGGCACUUAUCGUCCAAAGAGUGAUGCUUGCCCAUAAGGACAGAGCAAAUUUUGUAAAGAAGAGGAGGGCAGCUCUGGUUUUGCAGAAACACUGGCGGGGCCACAGAGACAGAAGCAACUUGUGCCAAGUCAAGCAAGGAUUCGCUCGGCUGCAGGCAAAAGUGCGCAGUCGUCAGCUCCAUACAGAAUAUAUGCGCAGACGGGCAGCAGCCAUCACUCUGCAAACACAGACCCGUGGCUACCUCGCAAGGAAAGACCUGAAAUGCAAAAAAGAUGCGGUAAUACUGCUGCAGGCACAGACCAGAGGACUGCUGGCCAGGAAGACCUUCAAGAAAAUGAAAACAGAUCUUCAGCAACCUCUAGAGGAGCUGCUCAGAAAAAACGAGGAAGCUGCCAAAUCCCAGGACGAGGAUGACGAGGAAAUGGUGGAGAAUAUCUUUCGUUUCCUUCCAAGCGCUAUAGUAGGACAAGAGGGCCCAGCCCCUGAGGGAUUUGAGGAUUUGGAGGCAGAGCCGGUGAAGUUAGAGGAGAUUGAAUUAACAGAGAGCCCUGUAAGGGAGAGGAAGGUGAUGUCAUUCCCAGACAGUAGUGAAGACAGUCAAGAUGAAGAGGAUGAUGAUGAGGAAGAAAAGGAAAAGCAAAGGCAGAAAGACAAAGAAAGGGAGAAAGAAAUGGAGAAGGAAAAAGAGGAAGAGAAGGAGAACGAUGAAUUCUCCUUCUCUAAAUUUGCUUCUUUACACUUCCAAGGAUCAUCUACUCACUCACAUAUCCAACAGAGAUUAAGACAACCCCUGCUCUACCAUGAAGAUGAGGGAGAUGCCCUGGCUUGUUUGACAGUAUGGUGGAUAAUACUGAGAUUUAUGGGAGAUCUUCCAGAGCCGAGGCAAGAACGUGUUUCUUCUAUUGUUGAUCCCAUUCAGAUGAACCUUGGUCAGAGACAAGUGCGGCGACUCAGUAACCUUGUUGGGUUGGAUCAGAAAUUUCUGAGAAAAAAAAUGAAGCAACAGAAGAGAAAACACUCAGCCAUUCCUGAAGAAGAGCCAGAAGAACCACAAUCUAAAAUGCAGACUGUUCAAGAGGAAGAGGAUGUACUGUUUGGAGAGAGAGCAACGUAUGAUCGUCCAAUGACACCAUUGGAGAAAUUGCAUAUUAUUGUAGGAUAUGCUAUUGUACGAAGAGAUAUAAGGGAUGAAAUCUACUGUCAGAUCCUUAAGCAGUUGACAGCCAAUAAGAACCACAAAAGUGCAAACAGAGGCUGGGUUCUUCUGUCAGUCUGUCUGGGUAUUUUCCCCCCUACGGAUCGCCUCAAUAAGUACCUGCAGAGCUUCAUACGCUAUGGGCCAAACGAGUACUCUUCCUACUGUUCAGAGCGACUGCAGAGGACUUUAGCCAACGGAGAAAGAACUGAGCCACCAUGCUGGGUUGAACUACAGUCUGUGGAGAACAAGAACCCCAUUACAGUAGUUGUGAGUCUGAUGGACGGCAAAAGCAUCACCCUCACUGUGGAUUCAGCCAGCACUUCUGCAGAGGUGUGCAACUCAAUUAUCCAGAAAAUAAACCUGCAGGACACUUACGGCUUCUCCCUAUAUGCUGCGAUGUAUGAGAAGAUGUGGUCUCUUGGCAGUGGCAGUCAGCACGUCUUGGACACUGUGUCCAUUUGUGAGCAGGAUGAAAAGAGGCAGGGGAGAGAGGAACAACACGCUCCUUGGCGUUUCUACUUCCGCAAAGAGAUCUUCACUCCAUGGCACGACUGUUCAUCUGACUAAGUCAGCACAGACCUCAUCUACAGACAGAUCAUCCACGGACUCAAAAGUGGUGAUUAUCAGUCUGAUAAGGAGGAUGAUUAUGUGCAGCUCGCAACCAGACAUUACUAUGUACAGUAUGGCUCUGAAAGCAGUAUGGAAAAAGCAGAAAAGAUUGUUCGUGAGUGCAUAAACAUCACUUUAAUUGAGAGCAAGUCUAUGGUCAAGCUGGUGCAGAUGAUUCAUUCUGCACACACACAGGGUCCUUACAUAAACUCUACUAAACCUGUUUAUGAAGUGGAAGAGGAGACUGUUGAAUAUGCACGGCAUAAGUGGCCAAUAUAUUUCUCCAAAUUCUUUGAGGCUCAAAUUGUUUCAGGUCCCGCAGUGCCUCAAGACCAGUUUGUAGUUGUUGUGAACUGGAAGGGGGUCUUCUUUCAGGAUGUGACAGAAGCCGCAUUUCUACAGCUCUCUUAUCCUGAGGUGACAAGCAUAGAAUUGGGUGAGGAAAUUGUGUGCUUGAUGACUCCAAGGGGUAUGUAUGAGUUGAGGGCUGUGAAGGGAAGAGAAUUAAUGGAGCUGGUCAACAUGUUCAUCUCAGGACUUAAGAAGAGAUCAGUGUAUGCUGUGGCAAUACAGGACCUUACAAGACAAGAGGAUCCCACAUUGCUGAGCUUCAGAAGGGGCGAUGUACUGUUUAUCAUAAAGGACGAGGAGUAUUCUUCUGAAGAAGGCUGGAUCAAAGCAAGAAAUGAGAGGACCAAUCAAACCGGAGCAGUUUCCUUAGAUGCCAUUCGGAUUUUGCCAAUGAUGACCAGGCCUACAGAAGAAACACUGAAUUUGCUGAAUUUGACCCCAGCCCGGAGAAAGUCAGUGAUGCCGGUGUUGCCUCAGAAGGAGGAGCUCAGCACAGAGAAAGUUUCCGUUGUGACGCUCAAAGAGUUCUCUUUUGAUUAUUUCAGGGAGUCAAAAGGAGGCAAAGGAGGGGCUAAAGAGAAACUGUGGGCCAACAACAAAGAGCCUCUGAAACAGCCGCUGCUCAGGAACCUGCAGGGCAACUCAGAGCUCUGCCACCUCGCUUGUGACUGCUUCACAGCUAUCCUUAAAUAUAUGGGAGAUUAUCCCGUCAAGCAUGUGCGGACACCAAUAGAUUUAACAAACCAGAUCUUUGGGCCAGCCACAGCACACGUGGAACUAAGAGAUGAGAUCUACUGCCAGAUAAUGAAGCAGAUGACUAAUAACAGCCAUGGGUUGAGCAUGGAGCGAGGUUGGCAGCUGUUGUGGCUGUGUUGUGGUCUCUUUCCUCCAAGUCACUUGCUGCUGAGAUAUGCUCAACGUUUUCUGGAGUCCAGACCCAGAGAGCCUCUGGCCUCGGCCUGCCUGCAGAGGAUGCAAGCUAUGCUCAGCAUCGAGGGAAGGAAGUUGCCUCCUCACCAGGUCGAAGUGGACGCCAUUCAAAAUAACAGCACUCAGAUUUUCCAUAAAGUUCAUUUUCCCAACGACACAUCUGAACUGUUUGAGGUGACCACCACCACGAGGAUCAAAGACUUAUGCCGCAACAUUGCCAGAGACAUCCGGCUCUCCUCAUCAGAUGGAUACAGCCUGUUUGUUAAAACAUCCACAAAGGUAGUAAGCAUGGAUUCUAAAGAGUACUUUUUUGACAACCUCAGGCAACUCACAGAUGUCGUCAAGAAAGGAAAAAAAGUCAAGGAGGCUACUCCAACUAUUGUCCCUUACCUGGUGCUCUUCAUGAGGAAGCUCUGGUUUAAUGUGAUCCCAGGAAAGGACCUAACUGCUGACCUAACCUUCCACUUUCCCCAGGAAUUUCCAAAGUAUUUGCGGGGUUAUCAUAGUGCAUCUAAAGAGGACAUGAUCAGUCUGGCAGGACUGCUGUUCCGUAUUCAGGUUGACGCGGAUAAUUCACAGUUUGUCAUGAUCCCUAAAAUGCUGAAAGAUCUGGUACCAGCUGAUCAGCAGAGGAUCAUGGCUCCUGAUGACUGGAAAAAGCACAUCAUCAGCGCGUACAACAGGCAGGCCGGCAUAACUGUGGAUGAAGCCAAACUCCAGUUCCUGAAGACGAUCUCACAGUGGCCUACCUUCGGAUGUGUUUUCUUCGAAGUAAAGCAAACGUCAGAGAAGAGUUACCCCAGUGUUAUUACUCUAUCAGUCAGCAAGCAAGGAGUUAGCAUCAUCAACCCUAAGACAAAGGAGGUGCUUGUGAUGCAUCUGUUCAGUAAGAUCACUUCCUGGUCUAGUGGAAACACCUAUUUUCAUCUGACCAUCGGCAACCUAGUGAUGGGCAACACUCUGCUCUGCGAGACUUCUAUGGGUUAUAGAAUAAGUGAUCUCCUGUCCUCUUACAAGGACAUGUAUCUGAACGAGAUACCAAAAGUGCGGAAAUCAAGGAGGAUCAACAUGUAGUUGGAUUGUUUUUGCGACAAUUCUUUUUUUAGGUAUUUACCGUAAUAAUUAUACUAAUAUAUAAUAAUAUACUAGGAAUUUGGUAUAUUGCGGAAGUAAAUGAUUGUGUUUAAUGAUUCUAAGAUCAUCACUUUUUAAUAUGUAACAGUAACUAGUAUAGAUCUCAGUCAGUGAAAUCAAUGUUUUUGCUUGUUGCUACUUUUAUGUGCAUAUGUAUUUCAAAAAUUAUUGGCUUGAGUAUUUAUUUUUAUUUCACUAGUCCACCGUCUCAUUGACUUUGCAUUGCAAUGUUACACUAGGUGGCAGUAUUUUUACAGUUUAAUUCUAAUCUAUCUAAUGCUGCUUUGAUGGAACUAUAUUUAACAAUAAAAGUUAAA